AUGGAUUCGCCAGAGCUUCGUCCGACGAUUCGCUUUGGCUCAGUUUUGUUGGACAUUUUUCGGCCCACACGAGCUCGCUGCAAUGGGCUGUGGAGCAAGUUCCUCACAAGAGACGCACGACUGGCGCAAUGCCUCGAGGUCCAUGCCUCGAUGCCUCGGACGAGUCUUCAGGUCUUGGAUGAACAGAUGGCCAUGGAGACCCUGCGGAGGAUCCGUCCCAAGAGCCAGGUGUCGACAGGGACCACAUCCACCAACACGAGUGAGAGGUUAUGGAGUGCUUUGCCCUGCCAAGUGGUGGACGGUGCUGAUGCAGUCGAUCUCUCUGAGGAGCAAGUGGGCUUCCAAAGCUCCUACAAGUGCACUCGCACUCCGAGCUGGGUGCCCCGGGGCAUCCCGGUGCCUUUGCCUCCCAACCGCAUCAUGCAUGAGCGCCACGUGUUGAAGCUGGGAAACUACUUGAAGGAUCUGGACCACCAGCCAGCGAGCUUGUCCGAGCAGGUAGAAGAGAAGCGGGAUGAACAUGCUAUGAGGUUGGAACUUCAAGCAUCGGAGAAUGACGAUUCUUAUGAUCCGCUUUGUUCUUCAAUGCUGUCAUGA